AUGGCAAUCAAGGGGCUCGUUGUUGUUGCCUUUGCGGCAGCAUUGGCUGUCCGCGCUGAGCCGGAGGCUCCCAGUCGGUGUCCAAACGGCGAAGUUCGUUUCGAGGGCCGCGCGACUUUUGAGGAGAGUGAUCGGCCUGAGACCCUCUCAAAGGAUGCAGUGUUGACUAUUGAUGUUUCAGAGGAAGCGGCAUCGGGGGAGGAACCGAAGACGCCUAUUUACACGCACACGGUCCCACUUGAGUCGUACACCCCAGACGCGGAGAUCCCCUACGCCUUCUGCGUUGAUCUUCAGAACUUGGACGCAAAGAAGAUCUCUCUCAAGGCUCGCGUCAGUGACCCCGAGGCCGAGGCCAAGGUGGAAUGCAUCGGGGAGACUGUCGUUACAGCCGGAAGCGACACCUACGAAGCAGAUCUGACUCUUGCAAAGGUUGACGGCGCCACCAGCAGCAGCAACGAGCCCUCGGUGGCAGAUUGCAACUUCGCGCAACUCUCAGAUGAUGUCACAGGUGUUGCCGUAAAGGCCACAGUGCAGAUCGGGGCCCCCAGGACGCUGCCUAAGCCAACUUAUCUGGUGGUUACUCUCAGGGAGACCGACUCGGAGACAGGCGAACCCGAGGUGAUUUCGUUGUUUUCUGGAGACAUCAGUGGAAUCUAUGAGCCUGAAAGACCCGUUCCCGCCUUCCUCUGCGCUAAAGUGUCAACAAAUGCAGACGAACAUCCCAAAUAUACACUCGAAGCAUCUGUACACCUGGGCUGGGAUGGAUAUGCACACCCUAACGAUGAUGAACGCAGCCUUAGAAAGGGAGACCUCGUCACCAGGAAGCCUAUUGAGGUGCCCAUUACCCCUGAUCAACACGAUUACACCGUCAAUGUUACGGUUAAGCCCUACAACCCUUCCGCUUGA